AUUUCUUGUAGACGAAUGUUCGCUAGCUGUUGCAGAAAGCACUACGUUGCAUUCCGCCAUUGUUGUAGGGUAUUUUUCGUCAUUGUGAAAUACAUGUCUUCAGAUUUGUCGUGAGAAAUAAAGUGAGCUUUGGUACUUGGAAUAACGAGCUGUACGAUCAAUGCUCUGAGAUUAGAAUCUUGGAGCCGACCCGGAAUGGAAUUCGCCGGUGGUAGAAGAUUCUUUCACUUACAUGUGUCCAGUGUAAAAAGUGGUAUUGGAAUGAGCGCGUGUGUUAAAUAUGUAACGUGUGACAUGUAACGCUACCACGAGAUAAUAUUCCCUAGGCCUUAUGCACUUUUUUUUCCAAGUUUGUGUUUGUUUUUGAAGUUUGCGAAAUAACUUGGGAGUUUUGUUCAUGUAUAAAUUACCAUUAAAUUGUGAUAAAAAGAUAACGAUACCGGCACACGUUUUAAGAACAUUUUCGAUGAAUGUGACCCCAUGGAUGAAUGGGUGUAAGAUUCGCCUCCCUGAGGCAUUCGGAUGUUGUCAUGGCACCAGCUCUGACAGAAGCUGGCCAGUCACAGAACUUCAAAUUGCCGUCAGCACACACUUCCCCUUCGUCUCCAAUUGGAGUAUCAUAUAAUGGACACAAACAUGUUUCAGCAUCUCCGUUCUUGUCAGAUGACGAUGUAUACAAAGUAACUACUUCUAACAAAACAACUAAGAAUAAGAAGUUUCCUAACUGCGCGAAUGGAUUCAGAAGCGGUUUUCUGAAAUACUCAGCAGAUGCAGGUUCUCUAGCCUAUGAUAAUUUGAAAACUUUGGCAAUUGCUUCUGAGUUGUUUAAUAAACGUACAGAUUUAUCAGAAGGCAUUCUGAAAGUCUCAGAAGGAGAGAGUGGUGGGAUAGAGCAUCUUAGAAUGAAUUAUAGCGACCCAUCUAUGGGGGACAACAAAGGUAAAAUGGGUUUGCAGAAGAGCAGUACAGCAAUACGGUCUUUGGAGAGUGGGAGAUUAAAUAAAGUAGAUAAUCAAAUAAAAAUCUUUAAUCCAACAGUGACACGGAAUUCAAAAAAGAAUGAAACCGUCAACUGCACCUCCCUGACUAGAAGAAACAGUCUUCCCCAAACAACCAGUGUAUCAAAAAGUUCAGGUGCGAUGGCUAAUUCUAGGCGUAAGACUAGUACGGAAGUGUUGGGGUCUAACAACGACAAUGCAAAAGCUAGUUUCGAAACGCCGCGUGGCGCAGACGAAACUUUUGAACACGAAUUUUUGAGUAACGUAAUGGAGUUGUGUGUCGAUGACACAAAAGGGUUCAUUUCUGACGAUAGAGCAGGUGUUACUAAGGAAACAAUUGAAGCUUUACGUAAGAAGCAGCAUGAAGUAGAACGAAGAUGUGAUUUCUUGGCUAGGCGAAUAAGAAUGUUUCAAGCAAAAAUAAUGGUCUCAUGUGCUGAACGUCAAGUGAACAACUUUAUUGCGUAUUCGUAUGAAAAUAUGAAACAAAACUCCCAUAAAGACUUAGGCAGUGGAGAGUGUAGUUCAGCGGCUGUUACGCCAAGUGAAUGUGAUAGUGCGUGCGCGUCAGUUGCUUCAAACGACAGGCAGAGUGCUUCGCUAAAGGCAGCAUCUACGUUUUACAAGAGCUAUGAUAUCAAUCAAGUUUCAACUUCCACCAGCCGGCAAGGAAGCCGAAAAUACAGUGGUAUCAGUGCGGAGUGUACUACUACUUCAGCUACCGUCGUUAGUGGUCCUCAACUUAGGUUGAGCCCGGAUGUGGUAAAAGAACUGGAUAGUGUGUCUGGUCAAUUACAUACGCAGCUCAAGUUUGUGCAGAAUGAAUUAGAUUCGGACGUCACUGCAAGCAGUUCUGGAGGAGAGAGUUGUGAUGAAUUCCUGACGAAUGAAGACAGUAACCAGCACACGUUACCGAUAGAGAAACGCGCGGCUUGGCGCUGGGCGCAACAUCGCGCGAGGAUAGCCAGUCGGUGGACGUGGCUGCAGGCGCAGAUCUCUGACCUGGAGUACCGCAUCCGCCAGCACAAUGACAUCCACAGGCAGAUCCGCCUGACUAAAGACCCCAUGGUGCUGGCUGACGUGCCGUUCUGCGCGGCGGGCGGUGCGGGUCCGCCGCUCGUCGUGAACGGGUACCACGGCGGCAGCGGUGCCGGUGCCGGCAGUGCGCCACUGGCGUCGCAGGGCAAGUCGGAGGAGCAGUGCUGCGCCCGCGUGAGGCCGCUGGCGCGCCAGCCGCAGCUGCCGAAGCGCAAGCUGCUGCACGUGCAGGGCCUGCACGCGGCCAGCAAGCGCGCCUCGCGGCCCGCCACGGUGCGCUGCGCCUGCCGCCCGCCCGCCACGGUGUGCGCGCUUUGCACCGGCCGGCCGGACCCCACGCAGCCGCGGCCGCUGCACGCUCACCUUCCGGCCGCCGAGCGCGCCGCCGCACUCGACCCUGCCUUCCACCCCGUGCUGUCCAUGCCGCAGGAUGUUAAAGAGAGCAUCUAUUAUGAAGGUAUCAUGAAAACCACUGAAUGGCAGCAGAAGACAUUACGAAGCAGUUUAAAAUCCAUGAGAGCUGCUGGUCUUCCGAAGUUUGACAGAGAUACAGUUGUAGAACGAAGAAACAAAAAACAUCAAGUUGAACCAAGGAGAAAGUAUACAAGCAGGCUGAAGAAAACCAUGACAAAUACCUUGACAGCAAAAAUCAAGAAAAAAUUGACAAAGAGUCGUAAACAAAAAAACACAGACAACAAUAACCAUACACUGCAGAGGAUAAAAAGGAGGAGGAGAGAUGGACCUAAGUCAGGAAAUUCAUCAUACCAUGGGUACGAGGAUGGAGAUGACGAUGUCCCUGAUUCAGGUGCCUCUGUCAGUAAACAUGCUUCUCCAGUGCCAUCCCCUGGCCCAGCAUCUUGUUCCUUGGAAAGGCUGACUUCACAAGGUUCUUGCAAAGUAUCUGGAGAGUCAUCAAGGCGUAAAAGAGAGAACUCAUAUGAUAUUGACAAUAUUGUAAUACCAUACAGUAUUGCUUCUGCUGCACGCCUUGAGAAACUGCAGUAUAAGGAAAUACCCACGCCCAAGUGGAGGCUGAUUGAAAAUAAUUUUGUGGGGAGAUCGAGGUUAAGUUUGAGGAAUAAUGGUGUUAUCAGAAGGUCUAGUCAUGAAAGUGAUGUGGAGGAUAUUAGUGAUGAAACAAUAGCUUUAAGGCAUGAUAGGUGUGAAAUGGAAGAGAAAAAGAAAUUCAUGAGCUAUAUUAAAUUGCCAUAUUCUGGACGCAGUAGAGCUGCUAGGAGGACAGACAGUAGGGCAGAGAGUAGUGGUGCAAAUACUCCAGAUCCAAUGUCACCGAAUCCUUCGGAAUAUCAGGAUGGCAUAUCUCCUGUUAUGUCACCUCUCCCGCCAUCAUCUGAUCCAGACCAGUAUUGUGGUUCUGGCACACGCAGGCGUACUGUUUCCUCAUCACGAUGGCACCGUGAUGAGAUGAGAAGUUCUACACCAGAUGGUGUAACUGAAGUUCCUCCGUAUGAACCAAGAAAAUUUCCUCUCAGUGACGAUAUGUAUGAGAAGAUGUUAAAAUGUAUGCCAGAGGGCCAUCCAUAUCCUCCUCCAUCUCAAGAACCAAAGAAGCUCUUAGCCAAAGAUAUUGAAUUUGGUGAAAGCAGACCAGUAUCUCCUAGUACAGAUUCAACAGAGUCUGCAAUUGGGGAAGGUGAAGAUCCAAAUGAUCCAGAAUGGACAGUUGAAGAAGAGAGAGAAUUUGAACGUGACAGGGUUAAAUCUUCUGUGAAGAGAUAAUUAUUAAUAUAACUUGGCUGCAAAAAUUGGUGUAAUUGUUUUUCAGCAUUUAUGCUGAUGUGUAGGCUGAUUGUUGGAGAUUUUGUUAGAAAAGUCUUCGGAUAAUUGCUAAAUAGCUUACACAGCUGUUUAUCUGCGUUUUCCAGCAGAGUAAUAGCUUCAUAAAGCUGGAGCAGUGCUGUAGCCUCCAUCUUAGAUUACCUCAAACAACUGUCAGAUAAUGGAGUGUGAUGAUUCAGGAGAAAUAUCAAUAGAGAAAAAUGUUAUAAAACUCUUUAAGUGCACUAUGUGUGAUGUAAAUUCCUUGCUUAAAUGGCCUGCUCCAUUGGCAUCAAAGAUAAAAAAUGUGAGCAUCAAAUUGCAGCUUCUUGUUAUACAUUACUUAUUUGUGUAAUUAUUAAAUUUGAUGUGCAAAAAUAUGAAAGAGGAAAUUAAUGAUCAUAUAGACUUAGUCAUUACUCUGAGUAUGCUCAGUGGUAAUAGAUAAUUCAAAAAUUUUCGAUGUUCAUUUGUAUUGUCAGUGGUCAUUAAGAAAAGAAACUGUCACCCUUUUCUAAGAAGUUAUGUUUGUCAUCCAAAUCCAUAGUUACAGUAUAUUCAUCUGUCUUAAACAUUGAUUUACCUUUAAAAGAAUUGCAUAAUCCCAUUCAUAGAAAUAGGGAGGAACAAAUUAACACACAUUUUUAAGUUGCUAAAUAUGUUAAAGAUCUACCAAAUAAUUACACGUCUUUGGAGAAAGUGAUUUUUAGCUUCAGUUCUGAAGAGGAGUAUUAGUUUAAAUAAUGUGACAGUUCUGGAAAGUUACUUCAUAUAGCAAAUCCAGUGCUCACAUAUGUGAUUGUUGAUGCAGCAGACCACCUUUAUAUCUAGAAAUUGAUGUAUGUACUCUUUAUAAGAGCGUAUUCUAUAUAUCUCGCAUGCUUGAUAUGUAUACUGCAAGCUGACCAUUCCAUGGUAGUGUGAGCAGGUCCCCCUCCCCUCCUCCCCCCCUUCCCCUCAUGUAUGAAUAGUUACUGACGUAGAUUUUGCAGGGCAUAAGAUAAAACUUGCGAGACUGAUUACAUAGGUUGGAAAUUAAUUAGAAAGGGAUACUUAUAACUCAAAAAGUGUGUGUUUCAUCACAAACUAAGAAAAUUAAUGCCAAAUUAAUUACAGAUUUUUCAUGUCUGAUAGAGUGUAUCAUUGUUAUUUUGUAUGUAUGCUCUAGCACUAAUACGCUUACAGAAAGGCAGCAGUCUAGAUCUUUAAAUAUACUAUUAUUCUAUGUUCUUGAAUUUUUCUUCCUUUCUUACUGCAGUAAAAUGAACCCCCCAAUAAUUAAAGUCCCUGUGCUCCUGGAAGGCUUCUUUGUUCCCUGCAAAGUAAAGUGUAUGAUCCUGGUAGUUGAUACUGACUGUCCUUAAAAGAUUACUUUUUCAUGAUUUUUUUUUUUUUAUAAGUACCAAUUCAUUUAAAAGUACCUCAGUCAGAUACCUUUGGCAAAUAUCUAGUCCUUGAAUGCAGAUAUUAUCCUUGAUGAGAGUUGCAGUGGUUAUAAAUCUGCACUGUGGUGUACCAGAUAUUCUUCUGUUGAUAUAAGAUCAUUAACAAAAUCAAAAUUUUGUGGUUAAUUUGAUAAAGAAAGAAGUUUUGAAGUGCAUGCUUAUUUGACAAUUUGUCGUUCUCCUUCAAAAGUGACAUUAAUUUUAUGUAUAUUGGAGUGUAACUCUGUAUGCCCUUAAAGUUUCUUUUUUUACAUCAUUGUACCUUCUUUGUCUUAAAGCUUAAAUUAGUAUAGCAUUGAAACUAUGUCAUUUCAAAUUACAGUAUUACUCAUUUAACAGAAGUUACUUGUAAUCUCAAUUAUAAUACAACAAGAAACAUCAUCUUGCCCUGUAAAAUUUUGUUGCAGUGUUCAUUGUGGGUUGAAGAAUUUUAAAAUCAAGUAUUUGUUUUAGAAUAACUUGAAAUAUUUUAUGUGAUUUAUGUACAUAGAUGAUUGUAAUUAAUUUUAUACAGUUCAACUCGAGAUGAGAAAUGGAAAUACAAAUUUUAAUGACUAUCGCCACUUUUUUUUUUU